AUGGCUCGUGAGACUACACACGAAUUCCCAGCAGCACAAGUGUUCAUGGACCUCGCGGUAAAUCGGCCUGUUCGAACGCGGAGUAAAGGUGAUGGUGUGAAUUUACAUGUCUGCUUCGACAAGAAACUAAAGCAGAAUGCUUUGAACAACUUUCUAAUGAGCCAUACGCCUUACAGAUGUUCUUUGGGAAGACCAAAGGAGAUACUCAACGCGAAACGGAGAACGAAAGCUGCGUCUUCAGAGGUCUCUCUUCCUAAGAUACCUGAGUCACUUACUGGAAGAACUCUAACUCCAGAGGACGGCCCAAGGCAACAAACUACAAAACGUUUGAUUGACCUUGAAAGCGAAGAAGAAGAGGAACAGUGUAAUUUUCUCUCUUGUAAAUCUGUUAAAGAAGAUCACAGCCACUCAGCUGCUCGACCAACAAUUGACUCUAGGAAGGAGAGCAGAUCAAGAAGGUUACCGCUCAUUUUGAAGAAGGGAAACUGUCCCUCUUGUUUGCGGACUGAUAACAAGUCGGAGAAAUCGUUAGAUAAGCUACCAAAUGGACAGGAUUACUCACCAGCAAAGACGGGCAGCGAUCUUGGCAAUGAGAACAAGUCAUCGCGUGAUAAAGAAUCUACUACAGUGAUGGAGGACGGGGCUAGAAUUACAGUUAUUCAACAAAGACUCUUUAUUGAAGUUUUUAUGCCAAGGACUUCGUAAUCAAAACUCACGUUGCGUUAAUAUACAAAUGUGUCUGAGGAUGUGCGAAGAUUGAUUACAAUAGUUUAAUACAAUGUCAUGAGGCUUUUAAUUUAUCAUAAUAUCGGUAAAACGUGACCCAGGGUGAAAAGGGAGAGAAAUUAUAUGCUAAUUUAUUAAGAAAAGCAAGGACCGGAAUGGCGUCAUUCGUUCGUUGUACUGAAGUGGAGACAACCACAAGCCUCCGGUCACAAACUUACCACUGGAACAAUUAAAAUGGUUAUCUUGGAAGAAAUUGAAUCUAUUUGACUGUAUCGAUUCCGAGUAUCGAACUGUAUAAAAUAACAUGACAACAUUAAGAUGCCAAAGAACUAUCAAAUCGCUGGCUCCAGUCUCGAAUUCAGUAUAGGCUGCAAGCAGGCUCUUCGCGGAGAUAAAAAGUAGCGGAAAAAGAAAGUAGGAAAGGAAAAAGAGAAGAAGUCUUCCUCCCCCUUCCUCUCCUUCUUUCUUACCACGCGAAGAGCCUGCUGGGAGGCUAGGUCCAGUGUCGCUAGUCACGCUAGAGUUUCUUCCUUUGGUUGUUAAAUUUACCAUAAGAGAUGAGACGAUUUUCUUCCUGUUUGUGUAAUUGUGGUUUAUAAGUGAAUUAUAAUGAGGAAAGACAAAUUAAAAUACCCUUUGCAGUUUGGUA